AUGACUUACAGAUUGCAAUACUCAGAUAAUGCGGAAAAAGAAGCCAAUACAGAGGCGAAUUCCACUUCUGAGUUUGAAAGUCUUUUCGAACACAGCAGCGAAGAUGAUAUCUCCAGUGGCAGUAGUGAUGCGUACGAUCCAGAUAAAAACAAAAAUGAUCAUAGCAGUAACAAGAGCAAGGAAGACGAUGACGAAGUUGAUGUGGAAGUGAAGAGUACUAAGCAGCACCGCUGCGACUCGGGCCUCGGGCACGAACUGGCGCGCCGCCUGGACGCGCUGGGUGUGCCAGUGUUCGCCGGCUGCCUGUUCCCUGAGGGUCCCGGUGCGAGCAGACUCGCCGCAGACUGCUCCUCCAGGUUGCGCUUGCUGCCGCUAGAUGUCACAUCAGACCAGCAGGUGGCCGACGCCGUCGCCUCCGUCCAAGCAGCACUUUCGGCCGCGUCAGGCACAGAGCUAUGGGCGGUGGUAAACAACGCAGGGAUCAGCGACGUGGGCGAAGUGGAUGUCAUGCCGCUAGAGAAAUUCCAGCAGGUGCUGGACGUAAACACGAUGGGCGCCAUAAGGGUCUCCAAGGCGUUCCUGUCGCUCCUCAAGAAGUCCAAGGGCCGCCUCAUCAACGUUACCAGCCCUUUAGGUAAGUAG